AUGGUCAGUCAUCAUCAUCAGAGUUUAGCCCAAUGGUGUACGGACAAAAAAUAUGUGAGCAAAACCCGGAUACAGUGGAACAAUGGUGAACGCUUGACAACCAAGCUUGGCUGGCUAGGAAAUAUCAAAUACAAAUAUGAACCCUAUGUUUAUUCAUCGAUGCAGUACUAUACCGAUUACGAGACUGUAUAUGUCUGCUGCCGUGGCUAUAAAAAAAUCGAUUCUCAGUGUGUACCGGAUUGCCGACCAUCCUGCCCCACAAAUUCCCAUUGUGCUGGUCCCGACAGGUGUGAAUGUUCCAGUGGUUAUGUCAGUUUCACCUCCCAGCCAUUCUGUACGAAAGGAUAUGAAAUGGUUAAUGGCAAAUGUGUGGCAGUGUGUGUUCCAUCGUGUCCGCCAAAUGCUAAGUGUGUGCAGCCGAAUCAAUGUUCAUGUUCCGAGGGAUAUACGAACGUGGGCAGUGAUCUGGAAGUCGAUAAUGCCACAUUGAAGUGUCAAGCCAAAUGUUUGCCACAAUGUCCUGAGAAUUCCUAUUGCGAACGGCCCAAUGAAUGUGUGUGUAAGGACGGUUAUUCGAUGAACUCGGAGGGUAAAUGUGAAGCUGUGUGUUCGCCAGCCUGUUUGGAGAAUGCCUUCUGUAAGAAACCCAAUCAAUGUGAAUGUUUAGAGGGCUAUGAGCUGGGUAAAGUUGAAGAAGGUGUAUUGGAAUGUGUGCCACAGUGUGAGGACGGAUGUCCUGAAAAUGGUUUCUGUUCAAAACCCAAUCAAUGUGAAUGCAGCCAGGGAUAUAAUCUCACCGCAAAUGGGCGGUGUGAACCGGUAUGUGAUCCCCCUUGUCCGGAAAAUUCAAAAUGCGAGGAAGGUAAUGUCUGUUCGUGCUUGAGAGGUUAUGAAAUGGUGGAUCACCACUGUGAGCCUGUGUGUGAAAAACCCUGCCCCGAAAAUUCCCAUUGCAGCGAACCGAAUAUGUGUCAAUGUUUCAAUGGCUAUCAACCGAAAAAUACAUCGAUCUAUGAAUUUUUCUGUGAGCCCCUAUGUCAGCCAAAUUGUUCGGCAUUUGCUCGAUGUGCACAGCCGAAUAAAUGUGAAUGUCUGGAGGGUUAUGCCAUGGAUGAAGUGGAACAAUGUAAACCCCAAUGUACGGGCGGCUGUCUCAAUGGCCUCUGCUAUAGACCGGAGGUGUGUAUUUGUAAGGCGGGUUAUUUAAUGGGACCCAAUCAGAACUGUGAACCCACUUGCUCGAUGGCUUGUCAAAAUGGUACCUGUGUUGAACCGGAAAUUUGCCAGUGCUCUGAGGGUUACCGGUUCCAAGGGGGGUCGGUGAAUAUUUGUGAACCAGUAUGUGAGCCGGAGUGUCAUAAUGGUGUGUGUGUGGAGCCGAAUAUUUGUAUAUGUCAUGAAAAUUAUGAACCCCUGGAAAUAGGAGAGGGGGCCUACAAUCAUAGUUAUUGUCAAAAAGCAAUGACAACAACAAGUACAGCAACAACAAUCAAUGACAAGGAUCACAUGAUAACAUGGGCAUCAUUCACCCCAGGAGAAUCCUCCACCACCACUCUCCCUUUGACAACCCCCAAAGUGUCAGAAAGUACCCCCAUCCCACUGCUAGAAAAUUGUGUGGCUCACUGCCAAUGUUGGCAGGAAUAUGAUGAAUUUGGUACAUUCCAUACGAAUCCGCAAUGUGUCCAUCUCUGCAUGGAUCCCUAUGAUAAGCCAUGUCUAAAUUUAAGUCUCUGUCAUUGUGAUGAGGUACGAACCCAGCUAUUGUGUCACAUCGAUGAGGAAGAUUUGGAAGAGGAGCCCCAAUUGUAUAUGUGUAAGAUACCGCGAAUUCUACCUCUAGGUUCCACGACUACAACUACAAUUUCAACGAUCACUUCUGGAACCACCCCAGAUGGGCAUUCCAAUGAAAUGCAAAUUAUUGGCGAUCAUCAGGAUCCAACAGCGGGACAAAUGCUAUGGAUCAUUUUAGCCUCCGUUAUAGGGAUAUGCGGUUUAGUGGCCGUGGUAUUUGUGGUCUAUAGGAAGUACUGUAACCAUGAGGAUCCCCUGGUGGAAUAUGAACUAUAA